AUGCAGCCACCAACAUUGACGUACAAAUGUAUAGGAUUGGUGCUAGAACCUCUUGCGGGUCAUCACGACGACGUUCUUUGUGUUGCCUCCUCCUUGGACGGUUCGAGGGUCGCAUCAGGUUCCCGAGACAAGACUAUACAGAUUUGGAACGCGAAAACAGGAGAGAAGGUUCUCAAUCACGCUCUCGACGGCCAUAAGAAAUCGAUCACAGGGAUCGCAUUUUCCCGUGAUGGAGCGCAGUUGGCGUCAUGCUCGAUGGACGGCACCGUUCGGCUGUGGGAUGUGAAGACCGGUCAACAGAUCGCGGAUCCCAUGUCAGCAGGAGAAUCCUACGUUUGGUGUGUGACCUUCUCGCCGGAUGGACACUACGUCGCCUCAGGAUCGGAGGACGGGACCGUGCGUCUUUGGGACACAGAAUGGUCGGCCACUGGGGUCGUACUGGGCGCCCACGAUUUCUCCGUGUUUGCGGUUGCAUGGUCGGCCGACGGCAAACAUAUCGUUUCAGGUUCGGCGGACAGCACGAUUCGGAUUUGGGAUGCAGGGAAGAGCUGCGCGCUAUUGGGCCCCAUGCGGGGGCACACAGAUAGGAUUCAAUCCGUGGCAUUCUCGCCAAACGGAAGGCACAUCGUGUCUGGCUCAGAAGAUGGCACGAUUCGUGUAUGGGACGUUCACACUGGACGGACGGUGUUAGGGCCAUUGACAGAACACAAGGGCGACGUCAACUGUGUCGCGUUUCUGAACGACAGCCUCGUCGUCUCCGGUGGGGAUAGUCGGGUGAUGAUAUGGGAUGCGGAAGUGGGUCAAGUCGCUGUGCCGCACGCUUGA